AUGGCGUCAAAUUGCCCGCCACAACUGCAUCUGAGCCUUCAGACUACUGCACCUUCUUUCAAGCGCUCGUUUGAACAGUAUGGUUUUGAUUUGGAGAGUCCAGUGGGCCACACUGAUGCGGGAGGGAGCGGUGGCAACAAUGGAAAUGAGCGGAACAAAAGGGCUCGCAGCUCGAGUAGCUCCUCCGAGGGAAACGAAUCGUCGACAUCGACCAUCUCUUCCGAAUCAAGUAGGAUGAGCCCAGUGACGGAGAGCAGUUCGACGAACUCGACAACCUCGAGGCCUGCAGGCCCUUCCACGGCUCCAGUGCUUGAUCCACCCCGUCUACCCACGCCAGAGAUCCAGGACAUCGACAUGCCCGAUUACCCCGUCGAUGAGCAGACAUUCGCUCUGAAUUUAGUGCCUCAGACCCAACAACCACAACCACAACAGACGCCUGAAGAUAGAUAUCGAUUAACAGUGGAGAGGUUCCAUGCAUUCGACGGCGAAAUUUCAGUUCUGCGGCAGCCGCAGACCUCCUCUCCACCGACCCUCCCUCCCCUAGGUCUUUCCGACGACCAGCCUCGCAUUACAUUCCUUCAUCCACCGCCACGGCCAACAACGCCGCUGUCGGAGGCCUUCUUCGGUCAUGAAAGCCCAUCGAGCACCCGAGUGCAGAGCCCGACUACAGUCCGUGACAAUUCAGUCUACGAGGAACCGCUCCAGGUGGCGGAGUCGUCUACAUCAGCCCAAUUCCGUUUCCGGGAUGCAUACUCACCCCCUGGCGUGGAUCACGAGGAAGAGGAAGAGGAACGAGAGGACCUGGAAAUGGUGGAAGGGUUCCGCGCGCGGCUCGCUGGGGCGCUGGAGCGUCUGAGAUCACAAUCGCCGCUGGUUCCGGGUUUAGGAGACGAAGAAGAGCAGGAGACGAGUCUGGACACGCGGCUUCCACAGGUUCCUCCCGACCCCCCUACGUUACCACCCAUCCCGUCCAUCACCUCGGACGAGGAUGAUACACUCCUUUUCGAUGGCGAGAGCGACACUGCUCCGGCACCUACUACAGUGUCCACUUUGAGGCAGCUGAGUGGGCAAAUUCCUUCUGCUUCAUCAAACCUUGCAGACCACCCACUUCCUUCGCCCGACCUACCAGAGCUUCAUAGUUACAUGGACCAGGGUAUGGGCACUAGUAUGGCAGACGACGGCACCCAAGCUUCUCGUACUGGACUGCGAAGUUGGCCUCAGUUCCUCAGUGAAAUCCAGACACAUUCAUUGUCGCCCGGACCGAGGCACAGAGCCGAUGAAGAUGCUGUUCGGUUGUUAGACAACGAGUUCUUCAUCAACGAUCGUACCAUUCGCAGACACGCUGCAGACCACCGACCCCCUUCCGUAACAAGUCGCCCCUCUUCACUGCCACCUUUCAUGAUAUCAGGAGAUCGUCCACCCGACGACGACGCCAGCAGACUGAACUAUCUCGGCAUUCGAAACGCGUACACCUUACCGCGACCUUUUCGUGCUGUACCCUCUCGCACAUACCUCGGCACUUCCAACUCCCUUGUCGCCGAGAGCGCAUCCGAACUACGACGUCGAGAGGACCACGACGAUCUCCUGCGAAGAUUCGAAGCCGACUCCGGCCCGCAUCUGUCUCUUUUCGCGCCAAUACAGGCGCAGAGAAUGGCCGAGAGGACACGACACCUAAGGGCACAGACGGAGGAAGUGAUGAACAUGCUCAGAGAGACUUCGGACGCAGCGAGCGCGAUUGCGAGGGAUCGACAGGCCCAAGUGGUUGCAGCUGUCGAUGAGGAAGUAGCUGAGUUGCAGAGAGCUGCAGCCAACGCCAGGCUUGGGUGGUUCGGUGCAGCUUCCUCAUCGACUUCGGGUGCAAGCGGUGUUGUGGGCUCAGUGGCGGAUGACGGCCCGAGGAGACAUCUACAAAGCGAACGGCAGAGGUCCACGCCUACAGCGUCGUCGUCGAUGGAGUGGAUGGACCCUCGCAGUCUUUUGCCAUCACUUCCUCCUCUGUUGCUGCCUGCCAUGCCACUGCCUACAGGAUCUAUGGAUCUCGACAGCCCGGAUUCAGAUUGGAUGCAACAAAGUGCGGCAGCUACUAGUGCUCCUGUACGGGCGCCACCCCCUGCUCUUCCAACGCGGAUCCCGACGCCGCCAACCAUGUUCGACCCAUUCUUCCCAGAGGUCGACACGCCGCCAACGUCGGCAGCCCGUGACACUGACCAAAAUCUCGAUCCGUUCUUCCCUUCUAUCGGGAUACCGUUUCCUACACCAGAGCCGCCUCCUCCAAGACCUGGACGUACCGCCACGGUGCCACCAUCGCUCCCGCCGCCAGACUUCGGUGGCUCGCUUGAUGCCGAUGAUGGUCACGUGCCGCCCGCCUCGAUGUCAAUGGUCAUUCGAAACGCGACAGAUGCUGCAAACCCCGACGUUUCGACCCCAAUUCAUAGCAGGGAGUUGGAUGUGCCAUCUUCUCAGCAAUACUUUACCGCAUGGUCGUAUGAUGGCCCUCAGCACGUUCGUAGCAUGUCGCAUUUUACACGGACAUCAAGGACUCCCUCUAGUAUCGGAGGAGCAUCGGGCAUGGGUUCAAGGGCACAACCAUCAGCACCACCUUUGCCCAUGACCCCUGAUUUGACUGAGAUCGUUGCAGACUUAGCUUCCGACGAGCUCUGGCAUCCUUCACAUUUUGACCGCCUAGACCGCCGACUGUCGUCCGCUUAUGAAAGGCAGCGUGAACGUGCGCGAGAAAGAGAGCUCCUGGAACGGGAAAGAGAGCGCGAGCGACAGAGGGAGAGGGACAGAGAGAUACAAAGAGAAAGAGAAAGGGAGAGGUUGAUCGAGCAGGAGCGCGAGAUGAGCCAAAGGCUGUUGGAGACGAGACGGCGGCUUCAAGAGCACAACCGGUUGCAUGACCCUACGCAGAGGCAACUCUUGUUGACCAGGCGCCCUUAUUACAGCCCCAGUGUGGGCAGCCACACGCCCGGCAGCCUGCUUGACGAGGACUUUCCGAUGAUGGAGCGCGACCAGACUCCUACGAGUCUGCGCCUAAGGGACCGUCUUGCGAAUGUGCAUCCCCCUCCUCCUCCUCCGGCGCCUCCGGUACCGACUUGGCAUGGCACAACGAGGGCACAACCUGAGAAUAACUACGGCAUCGACCCGUCAGCAUUCAGGCCCGGCCCUUUUCAGAACACCCUGAACCAUAUGUAUGAACGCAGGAACAACGCUAAUCGUCAACAGCAGUCGAUACCGCCUAGUCUUCCGCCCUUGGCUUUCGAAGAGCAUCAGAGGAUGAUGCACCAGCCCUAUGGACUUCAGCCAGAGAGCUCUGCUCGUAAUGAAGGGCCUUCAAACAGUCAGUACGUUCAUGGAACUGGGCCUCGGACUGAGCUAGGAGGCGGAAGCAGCAACUCUACUGAGCAAUCAGCGGCAGCGGCAUCGUCAGCAUCGUUAGCGAGAUCGAGAAUUAUCCACGAGUUCGAACAACGGAUCUUUCCUCCGACCUCGUUCGCCGCUGCGAGAGGCGCGUCGAUGAUGGGCAUGGGCAUGGGUAUGGGCAGCGACACACGCAGACGGAGCACGUCCGACUUGCAACCCCUCCAUGUCCAUCGGCACAUCAGCCGCAUGGAGGCUGCUGCUGCCCGAUUCGAAGAGCCUGAUUAUUUUAGUAUCGGUGGUGGUGGCGGUGGGGCCCCUCUGCCACAACCUCGGAGUACAUCUGUUGGACUUGGAGGCGGCCUCGGUGUAGCAGAGCGCGAGCGCCAGUUCAUUAGGGACUACCAGCAGCACCGGCGCGAGCUUGAGCUCCGCCGGCUUCGAUCCACUCGGGCAGCGGCCAUGUCCGCAUUGGAUGCUGGUUCUAGGUCUGGGGUGGCGUCUGCAACACCCUCUGGCAACAUCAUUGGCAAUAACAGCGCAGAAGGGGCCCAGAAUCGGGACUCGGCCCCUGCUGGACAACGCUGGGCAGCAGCGCCUCCGCGCGAUCCUGCCUUCCGUCGCAGCCGUAUCAUGCGCCUGCCCGCUGAGAGUGCGUUUGGACGACGGAGGGGUGGGUUCAACUUAGGUGACUUUAUGCCCGAUCACGAGUUCCCCACAUCGUACGAAGGGAUCCUCAACCUCGCCGAGACGCUGGGCGAGGUCAAGUCUCGGUCGACGCCCGCUGAGAUUAUCGAGAAGCUAGAGAAGAAGGAAUACAAGGACUGGGCGACAGAGGGGAGCGAUAAGCGGUGUCCGAUCUGCUUGGAUGAUUACGCCCCCACGGAUCCGUGUCUGAAGCUGAACAACUGUUCGCACUGGCUGCAUCAGGACUGUUUACAGCAAUGGCUCCAAUCAGCCAGCACAUGCCCCGUGUGCCGUAAAUCCGUCAUCGCCCUCGGCUCUGGCGCGUCUGGUUCCUCUUCGACGGCGGGAGCAGGGGCUCGUAGGCAUCAUUUCCACCACCACCAUUUCCACCGUCACCUCCGGCCGUUCAUGCUCAGGCCGAGAGAGGGAAGGGACCUGAGGGAGGGAAGAGAGGCGAGAGAAGCGAGAGAUCUCCGAGACAUGAGAGACCCACAACAAAGAGAUCCCCGGGAUCCCCCUCCCGGCCCUCCUGGCCCCCCGGGAUAUGGCUCUAGCUCUGGUUCUGGUCCUCCGCCUGCAGGUGGCGCAGGUGGCAGCUCCACUGGGGGUGGUGCAUGGGACUUCCCUGGAUCGUGGUUCGAGUGA